CUUGUUACUCGGUCACAUUUUAUCGAGCAUCAAAACAUUGCGGUGCUUCAAAAACCUCGAUUUUUUGCAUUUUUUCCUUGAAAUUCGACAUGACUUCACUUGAAACUGACCCGAAAGUGCCCGAAAUGGACGAUGACGAUGAUUGCAAGUUACCGGCAGACACAUUGGCGAUCCUGCAACAAUUUUUAAAGGAACAAUCUGAGAAGAAGGAUGACAUACAAGAGGACUGGCAAUUAUCACAAUUUUGGUACAAUGACGCCACAAAAUCAACUUUGAGCAAAGCUUUUGUCAAAAUUUUAGCAAAAUACCACGAAAAACCUGAAGAUUGUCAGAUUGCUUUGAUGUCCUGUCCCAGUCUUUAUCCAGAUACGAAGAAAUUACACGAAAAAACCACAAUUUUCGAAUUUGACGCUAGAUUCAGCAAAUACGAUCCAGAUUUCGUUCAAUAUGAUUACAAUUUGGCAUUAACCGACUCUUAUUUAGACGAACAUGCGAAACGUUUCGACCUCAUAGUACUAGAUCCUCCCUUCUUAUCCGACGAAUGUCUCGAGAAAUCGUCAAUUCUUUGCCAAAAAAUCGCCAAAAACGAUGCAAAAAUCAUUUUAUGCACGGGAAAAGUGAUGUCAGAGUCCGUACCACGUUUCAUGAAGGACCUCAAAGCUUGCAAAUUUGAGCCACAGCACGAGAGGAAUUUGGGAAAUGAUUUUGGAAGUUUCGCUAAUUUUGAUUUAGAUUCAUUUCUGUAAUAAAAAGAGACGAUUUAACUGUUUUUUCUA